CGCUGCAGACGGUGCGCGGCACGGAUUAUCUCGGAGACGUUGCAACGUAGUGUAUGCCUGUGUUUGUGUGUGUGCUCCAAGAAUCGCGCGUGCGUAACUGGCAAAAUAUAUAUUUACGGCUAAUGCCAAAGCCAAUUGCUGAACUGCUUAAUGUUAAAUUAAGUGGCCGAAAACGCGUUAAUCAACCGAUCGAAACUAGUUUCCAGCUGUUGCACGAACGGACAGCAGCAGAGUGGCAACAAAAACAACAACAACUAAAGUUGACCAAUUCAAAAAGAGCAAUAAUAAAUUAAAUAAAUUGUUGUGGCGUGUGUGCCAAGACAUUUUCACUGGAAAGCUUCAAAGACGCAACAGCCGCUGCAAAGAUGUCUAUCGCCAACAAUGCCACAACGCCUGCGGGCCAACUGUUGCAAGUGGCCACCGAAUUGGCCACAAAUAGCUCAACGCCAUCUUCAGCAAAUGAUUUGUACAAGAAUCGCCAGCGUUUGUUAGGUAGCAUGAUUGUCAUGGGUAUCGGUGUGCUGGGCAAUUUUCUGGCAUUGAUUAUUUUGGCGCGUAAAAAGCAUAACAAAAACAGCAAAUACACGUUCAUGUUGCGCUGCCUGGCCACAAAUGAUCUGGUGGGUCUGCUGGGCAUGUCUGGCGCAGCGCUGCUCAAGUACAGUUUUCCGGAGCUGGUGCCAUUUUUUUUGCGACUCGACUGCGUUGGGCACGUGGUGUGGCGUUUCUUUGGCGUCAACUCCGGCUGCAUAGCCGCCAUAAUGGCUGCCGAGCGUUGCAUGGCCCUGGCACGUCCCUUUAUCUAUCACAAGCACAUCACCUACGAGCUGAUCCAGAAGAGCAUACGAAGCAUCCUGUUGGUGGCCGCAAUUGUUACGUUUCUGCCAUUUGUCGGAUUUGGCGCCUACAUUAACGAAUCGAAUCCGAAGCACGUGAAAUGUAUACGCUAUCGGGAUGCGACUGGCGCAUCAAACAAUGCCUAUUCCAUAUUCUUUAUGGUCUUUGGCAGCCUAUUGUGCGUUGUGAUUGUCGUCUGCAAUUUGUUUGUGGCCCGCGUCCUGUGGAUCAUCGGACGCAGUCGCACGACCAAACGGCAUAUGAACUACAAUCUGGUUGGCCGCGAGAAGAGCAUACGCACCAUCGAUGCGGAGAGCAGCAGCGGCACAACGCUCUACCAGGCCCAGUAUAGCACCGGCAGCGUCCAUCACAAUCUGCCGCCGCCAAGGCAAUUCCAUCAUAGCAACAGCGUGACCAUGACCGCCGCAACAUCCCCGGAUGAGAUCAAGUUUGCCAAGCUAAUGGCAUUCCUAAGCCUCAGCUUUGUCUUAUGCUGGAUGCCGCAAAUGAUUGCCAUACCCUUGGCCAUAAAGGAGAAUCGCGUGAGAGCGGCGCAUCCGUUCUUUGUUGUAGCCGAUGUCCUCAUGGCGGUACAUUUCACAUUGGAUCCGUACAUUUAUGUGGUGACCCGCACCAAGAGCAUCAAUUGGUCCCUGUUUAACUGCAUCAAGCGCUGGCGCAGUGGCUGGCGCGGCGGCCGGCUCCAGCGCUCCCAGAGCGAUCAGAGUCGCAUUCGCACCACAACCACCGAGCAGAACACUUUGGACUGUAAUUUCAAUUGAGUUUGAUUGCGGUUGUGGCCAUUCUGUCGUACCUACCUAAGUACUUAGCAACGUAUACGUAGUUAUGGAGUUUCUGUUGAAGACCCUCAUUGGACAACGAGUAUCUCAAUGGUGGGACACAUUCCUUCAGUCCAAGUCAGUUGAAGGAGCUGCCUGUCUCAUUUAAUCUUAAGCUAUUAUUAACCCAUCACCAUAUCAGGGCUGAAACAUACUCUAUGCUAAGUGAACCCCCACUCCCGUUCACAUAAUCCUAACAUCCACACACUAUUUGUACAAUAAGAAUAAUUACAUAUUAAUAUAUAUUUAGCGCAUAAUACGAUAUAAUAAACUGAAAACCCAGAA